AUGUAUCACGAUCGGGAUACAUUUGAUUUUAGUCAAGGCCACGUGACCAAGAAUCAACCAAUGGCAGUCCCUGUUUAGUUGAGUGAAAGUCUAGGAAUAUAACAAUAUGAAUUAACCUAGGUUGAAGGGAGACUGGAUUAAUCUAUGAGAAUAUAUUUUACCUGCAACAUAGAGGUCAGUAUGGGACUGUCCGGUCUUUCUUCUCAUCUCUUAGCCUGCAUGAUGGGUGCUUUAAACCAAGUGAGGUGAAUCAUUCUUAGUUUUGUUGACCGUGCUACAGUUAUAAGAAUAACGCCGCCUCUCUCUUUUAAAUAAUUCCUAUCUUGCUUGUAUUAAACGCCCCAUCUUGGACACUUUUAUUUUAAAAAAUAAAAUAAAUUCCCGGAGCACCUGUGCGGUGCGCCUGCAGCAUUACCUUUUGGACGUUUUAGACUUCGGCUGACUUAAGCUUUCCUCCUUUAGACACUUGCCAGGCAUAAUGAUAUGCAAUUUUUUCUUCGGAGAACUGCAUAUAAACCAAGUUUAGGGCAGCAGAUCCGCGCAAGAAACCAACUGAGUGUGGUUUUAAAAAUGAGCUCAAAUGGCCCACCCUGUUGGGGAAAAGCCAAAAAUAAAGUUUUUCUCUUAAUUUCUGGAAAGCAGCUUCAGGUUACAAAUCACAUGCUGUACCUGAACGAAAACAAACUCAACACUAAACAACAAUAAAGUCGUUCUCAUUUUUUCAGACCUUAUGACAAAUGCCACUGAAUGCCCCAACCUGGGAACGUGCCCGACCAAUGCCCAGAGUCAAAGUAGAUAAAUCGCAUAGAAAAGUAAAAACGGCGCCAUUAUCUCCUGACCAAAAAUGGUUUCAUUCUUCUUCCAUUCGUUUUGGAUUCCUAAGGUUUUGCUCCAGCAGCACACUACUCGAUGCAUAAACCUUCAGAAGUUGCCUCUGAAACGUUUUCAGAGUGGUAAAUUUUAAAGCUUUUUAAGUUUCACUUUUCUUGACAUCAAAUAAGCGAGCGAUGGCCGCUAUUUAAAUGAAUUAGUAGCCACGCUAGAGUUUAGAAGGGCUGGUCUAUCAGUUUCUAUCCCUCUAAUGUGUAUCUAUCUCAAAUUCACACUAUCGAAGAUGGCGGAAAAAUACCAGACGGAUUAUCCGUCUCUAAUGUGAAGACGGCCAAAGAAAAUCGUCGUGCCGGUUAAUCUUUUCAAACUCUUUGGAGUUGCUAACACAUUCGCACGGGAAGUUUGCCACUUGUGUAUAAUAAGAAAGAAACAUAUGAAAAUCGUCUAUACAUCAUUCGCAGUCCUCUUUUCUAAAGCUUCAUUAUAUCAUUAGAAGACGCAGCAUCGUUCAUUUUGUCCGUUCAUAUUUCAGGUGACUAACAACUUAGGUAUCGAAUGGAUGCGACGUCAUUUGGGUAAACAAGGAUAUAGGGUUCACAAGCUGUCAUUUGACGAUCCAAAUCCAAUGCACAUCGACGCAACGUUUAACAUAAUCGGACCCGGAUUAGUGCUGUGCAAUCCAGACAGGCCUUGUCAUCAGAUCGACAUGUUUUACAAGGCUGGUUGGACAGUAAUAAAGUCACCCACCCCUUUAAUGCCGGACACCCACCCGAUGUGGAUGUCGUCCAAGUGGCUGUCCAUGAAUGUCCUCAUGUUGGAUCCAAAGAGAGUCGUGGUUGAUAAAGACGAGAAGACCACUCAAAAGGUAGUG